UCCUCCUCCACCCGGUGUCCGCCGCUGACAGCUCAUCUACAGCCGCCGAAAGUCAAGUCUGAAGCCGGGGGACAGUAAACCAACCCCGCGGCUGAGAGUUGGACGCGUCGGGAAUCUAAAGCUGAUAUUUAUAAACGCUGGAUAUUUAUUUUAGUAAGAUGUCUGUGUCUAGCUAAGGAAGAACCCGGCAAUCAAAAUGGCACAAAAAGACACACUGCUACAUCUUUUCGCUGGGGGGUGUAGUGGAACUGUUGGGGCAAUUGUGACGUGUCCUCUGGAGGUGCUAAAAACCCGGCUGCAGUCAUCAGGGCUCACUCUCCGACCCGUUUACCAGGUCCAGCUCAGUGGCACUGGAGCUGGGGUUAUCCGUCCCGGGACUGUGACGCCUGGUCUCCUACAAGUCUUACGGUCGAUCCUUCAAAAAGAGGGACCACGAUCGCUGUUCAGAGGCCUGGGACCAAAUCUUGUCGGUGUAGCUCCCUCAAGAGCCAUCUAUUUUGCUGCUUACUCAAAGUCAAAAGAGCUGUUCAAUGGGCUGUUUGUCCCCAACAGUGGACUUGUGCACAUGUCGUCUGCGGGCUCUGCUGCGUUUGUGACCAACUCUCUGAUGAACCCGAUCUGGAUGGUCAAGACCAGGAUGCAGCUGGAGAAAAAGGCCAGAGGAGAGAAGAAAAUGAAUGCACUGCAGUGUGCCCGUUAUGUUUACAAAACAGAAGGUGUCCGGGGGUUUUACCGAGGUCUGACUGCGUCCUACGCUGGGAUCUCGGAAACUAUGAUCUGCUUCUUAAUUUAUGAAACACUGAAAAAGCACCUUGCCAAGAGCCAGUUUGUUUCGCCUAGUGGAGAAGCCGAGAGGGGGGCAUCAGACUUCCUCAGUCUCAUGAUGGCCGCUGCAUUUUCAAAGGGCUGUGCGUCCUGCAUCGCCUACCCACACGAGGUCAUUCGGACGAGGCUGCGGGAGGAGGGCAGCAAGUACAAGUACUUCUUUCAGACGGGGAGGUUAAUAGCCGUGGAAGAGGGCUACGCAGCUUUUUAUAGAGGACUCAUUCCACAGUUAAUCAGACAGAUCCCCAACACAGCCAUUGUCCUCUCCACAUAUGAACUGAUCGUGUACCUGCUAGGAGAUGCCAAGUGAGGACAUCUUUGCUCCAAUUGUGAGUGCACAAAAGUGGGGAGUUCUGGCCAAUGGACUUAAUAUGUAGCACACUGAAGUUUGAACGGCGCUGCUAUCGAGACUUCUCUGGUGAAACUGAAGCAGUCUGUACUGUUAUCCAAAGAGUUUAAUGUGUUUUAUUUAACUGCAAGCUUGUCAUUAGGAGAUUUUCAAUGUAACUGAAGAAGUCAUGGUACAGUUUUUGUCAAGCUUGUGAAAAAGGUCACCUUCUCAGAUGCUUGGUGUUAAGUUAUAAAUUAUUUUGUUAUUUUAUGGUUGUGUAUAUUUUUUCUUUUGUUGUAUGCUUUAUGUUAAUGCACCAACGCAACUAAGUAGAAUGAUUCUUAAUAAUGAAGGGACAAAUUAAGUUUGGUGCUGCGAGGAGCUGUUCAUUGAAAAGACCACACAACCGAGAUUUCUCCUGUUCCUUCUUAAAUGCAAACUGCUGUUUUGAAGUUCAAAUUACAGAGAGAUUAAUCUUAUUUUUCUUUAAUAUAUUCAGGAUACAGAUGUUUCUGUAUGUUUUCUUUAUGGAAAAAGAGACUCAUGUUUUACAGAAUAAUACUGUAGAUGCUUAUUUGACCAGUGGAUCAAUAAAAUGCAUCUAUAAAAUGA